AUGUCAAACUCUCCAAUCGAAGUGCUCAUCUUCGGCGCAGGCGCCGUAGGAGCUUUCUACGGCUCCAGACUCGCCCAAGCGCCAAACGUCAAGGUCUCGUGUGUAUGCCGCUCCAACUACAAGGCCGUGGCCAGCAAUGGCUUUUCAGUGAGCUCGCCGCAAUACGGCGACUACAAAUGGGUGCCUACGCGUGUGUUUGCGAAUCCGAAAGAGGCUGAGCAGAGUGGAGUUAAGUGGGAGUAUAUCGUCGUCAGCACAAAGGCGUUGCCGGAUGUCAGUGACGACUCAAAGUCGUUGGAGGGAUUGGUGCAUGAGGGAACGGCUGUUGUGCUGAUACAGAAUGGGCUGGGAGUUGAAGAGGCAUAUGCGAAACGCUUCCCGUCAGCGAGCAUUCUCAGCGCCGUCACAGUCGUGUCGGCUGCGCAAGAACAGCAUGGCGAGAUCAAGCACAACCGCUGGACGCGCAUCAACAUUGGUCCUUACCUCCCAGACGCAUCCUCGUCCUCGUCGAACGCUGAGCAACAAAACACCAAGUUCGCACAACUGCUGCAGCACGGUGGAGUGAAAGAUGCAGAAGCCUACACACACGCCAAACUCCAACUCGUGCGCUGGCACAAACUCGCCAUCAAUGCCUCGAUGAACCCCUCGAGCGUCCUCUCUAACGGCAGCACAAACGCAGCAAUGGCCAAAGACCCAGAGCUGUCCCGCCAUCUCCACGCAACCAUGCUCGAGAUCCUGACCACCGCGCCCAAGAUCAUCGGUCAAGACUUCCCGCCCGAGUUUGCUUCAGCCGACAAAUUGCUCGCCAGCACGAGGAAGAACACGUCGGGAAGCAGACCCAGCAUGUGGCUUGAUUGGGAGGCGGGCAAGUCGAUGGAGCUGGAAGUCAUACUCGGCAAUCCCAUACGCAUUGCCAGGGACAAGGGCUUUGAGAUGCCGAGGCUGCAGACCUUGUACGCGUUGUUGAAGAUGGCGCAGUCGAACAGAGACCAAGCUGCCAAGGCCAAGUUGUGA